UCUUUUCUUUUCGUUCCUGCAAUAUCAGUAUUUUAUUUAGCUACUCUCAACCAGUCGAGUCGUUUCUUCUUCUUUGCAGAUUUUGUGAACGAAACCCUAAAAGUUAAUGUUUUUGAUUUAUCAGUCUCUAAUCUUUGUUUCAAGUACAUUAAUUUUUGAAGGAUGAUAACUGGAUCGAGGGAGAGGAUGAAGUUUAAAAGGUGAAGUCAUCAUCUUUUUUUUUCCUGUUUGACACGCUGCAGAGCUACUAGCUCAAUUUUUUCCUGGAAAAUGAAACAAAAGGACUUGUUGAGCUAUUGUGUUUGAUGUGAUCACUAGCUUUGAGACAAUGAAAUGUGCAAUCUCUCUUGCAGAAUAAAGAAUGUUUUCUCACCUACUCAGUCCGAUGUGUUCCUUAUUUGUGCCGUUUUGAAUCUGAUUGAUAUUGAUAGUUCAAAUGAAUAAAAAUGCUUCCAUUGACCAACGGGUCGCAGAACAAAAUCAUAUUGUAGAAGAUGAGCAGAAGGAAAUAAGGGAUGGGAUCAUGGGCGAGGGCCAGGAGCUAUCAGAGGAAGAUGAGUCCCAGAUUAAUGAGGAUGGAAAAGAUAUGAAUGAUAAAGGCAUGGAACUGCUUCAGGUCCAGAACGAUGCCCAGGCUGUAAUUCAGAGUCAUCAGCAACAGUCUCAAGGGCCUUUGGUUAUUUGGGAGAGGUUCCUGCCUCUUCGGUCUCUUAAGGUUCUGCUUGUGGAAAAUGAUGAUUCAACUCGCCAUGUUGUCAGUGCGUUGCUUAGAAAUUGUGGCUAUGAAGUUACUGCUGUAUCAAAUGGUCUACAAGCUUGGAAGGUUUUACAAGAUCUGACAAAUCACAUUGAUCUUGUUUUAACUGAGGUGGCCAUGCCUUGUUUAUCAGGCAUUGGCCUUUUAAGCAAGAUUAUGAGCCACAAAACUUGCCGGAAUAUUCCUGUUAUUAUGAUGUCGUCUCAUGAUUCCAUGAAUGUAGUCUUUAAGUGUUUGUCAAAGGGUGCAGUUGACUUUUUGGUGAAGCCUAUUCGAAAAAAUGAGCUUAAAAUCCUCUGGCAACAUGUUUGGAGGAAGUGCCAUAGUGCUAGUGGUAGUGGGAGUGAAAGUGCUGUGCGGACUCAAAAAUCCACAAAGUCAAAUGGUGCUGAUGAGUCAGAUAACGAUACCGGCAGCAAUGAUGAUGAUGGCAUUGGAAGCGUUGGUUUGAAUGGAAGGGAUGGAAGUGACAAUGGAAGUGGUACCCAGAGUUCCUGGACAAAGAUGGCUGUCGAAGUUGACAGUCCCAAACCAAUGUCACCUUGGGACCAGGACCAUUUAUCUGAUCCGCCUGAUAGUACAUGCGCCCAGGUUAUUCACUCAAGGCCUGAGGCAUGUGACAACAGCUGGGUGCCCCUGGCUACAAUGAAGAAGUGCGGAGAGCAGGAUGAUGAACUUGAUAAUAUUGUUAUGGGCAAGGACUUGGAGAUAGGAGUACCUAGAAUUCCAAAUUUGCAGCUUAAAGAUCUGAUAAAAAAGGUACCAACCAACAUGGCAGAUAAUGAUGGAGAGAAAUUUCCUGAAAUAAAAUCAAAGCACGAUGGUGGGCAUUUAGAGAAAAGACAACAGGAGCUCAACAGUGAGAAACGCAAUACAGAAUUAAGAAACCAAGGCAAUGAUCUUAAGGGUGGCAUCACAAACAGUGCUAAUCCUCGGAUGGAUAGUUUAGUCUUAGACAUCCCAAACGGUGUCUCCUCUAACCAAAAAAAUGAGGUCACCUAUGAGACCAAGGAGGUGCCUUCUUUUGAGCUGAGUUUGAAAAGGCUGAGAGAUAUUGGAGACGCCGGGGCCAGUUCCCAUGACCGAAAUGUGUUGAGGCAUUCAGACCUUUCAGCAUUCUCAAGGUAUAAUUCUGCUUCAACUACUGAUCAGGCUCCAACAGGGAAUGUAGGCAGCUGUUCUCCACUUGACAAUAGUUCAGAGGCAGCAAAAACAGAAUCAAUGCAAAAUCUUCAAUCUAACUCAAAUAGCACACCUCCUAAUCAGCGUUCCAAUGGAAGUAGUCACAACAAUGACAUGGGCUCUACAAAUAAUAUUACUUUCGCCAAACCUUCUGUAAUCAGUGACAAGCCAACUCUCAAAUCUACAGUUAAAUGUCACUAUCCUUCUGCCUUCCAGCCAGUGCAGAAUGACCAUACAGCUCUUCCUCAGCCUGUUAUACAGGGUAAGGGUGAUGCUCCUAUUGCUAACACAACUCUGGUUAAAUCAAGAGGUGUGAACCAGCAAGGUCAAGUGCAGCACCAUAAUCAUUGUGUGCAUAACAUGCCCCAGCAGCAGCAGCUCACCAACCAUGAUGACCUGUCUUUGAAUAUGACAGCUGCAGCUCCCCAAUGUGGGUCAUCUAACAUGUUGAGCACACCCACGCAAGGAAAUGGUGGUAAUUACAGUUUGAAUGGAAGUGACCAUGGGAGCAAUUGCCAGAAUGGAAGCAGCAUCGCUUUGAGUGGAGCUGUUGAGAAAGGUGGAACUCCUGGACCUGGUGACGAAAGUGGGAGCAGGAGUGGAGUUGGUCGAAAUCGCUUUGCACUGAGAGAGGCUGCAUUGAGCAAAUUCCGCCAGAAGAGGAAAGAGAGAUGCUUUGAGAAGAAGGUUCGAUACCAGAGUAGGAAGAAGCUGGCAGAACAAAGACCCCGGAUUCGAGGACAAUUUGUGCGACAAGUGGGACCUGAACAUAAAGAUGAGGAUGCACGUAGCUAAUCUGACCAUUCCCAGUAUCAAGGACAAAUUAAUUGUGUGUAAGAGUUUGUUCAGAAAUCUUGUACUGUUCUAUGAUUGUGGACUCAUUUAGGUGUUACUGUUAUGGACUAUCGCUACUACUACACAGAAGGUAACCCUUCACAAGGUAGCCUUCUCCAGUAAAUGGGCUCAUCGACUUGUUGUGUUGUGGUUUACCAAGGACUGCCAACCCGGUCCCAUGGGUACUGCUUGAAACUUGAAAGGUUCCCAUUUCUUUUGCUCUCCUUGCAACGGAUUCUGUUCUGAUCA